AUGUCGAAGAAGUCGACUCGUUCUGGCAAUGCAUUCGAUGUGCCCGCACCAGGAAUGGUAGAGGAAAUAGGAGAUAAUCCCGUUACCGGAGCCGUGACGAGCACUGUAGGUGGUACGCCGUCCGUCGUCGUUGUUUCCCCUCCUAACUCUGUAAAGCAGGUAAAUGCUGACGUUGCCAAUAGUAAUAAAAAUCCUCUACAAACUAAGACGACUACGAAAGGCACUGUCAAUUAUGGCAAAAACGCCGCCGGUACCGCGAUCGAAGUCAGGCGCAAUCCAGUCCGCGACGUUCGUAGAAAUCGGGAUUGCCAGUGUCAGUUGUGUGAAGAGCGUGAUAACGAAGAAAUGGUGCAGUGUGAUGGUUGCGACCGAUGGUAUCACUUUGUCUGUGUGCACGUUUCGGAAGACAUCGCAAAUGUCAGCUGGGUCUGUCCGAACUGUAAGGAGGCAAGCGUCCCUCCCACUGAUACUAUCAAUGCGUCGAACGAGCAGCAGAGACCAAAUCCACCCCCAAAGAAGACGUUAUCAGUACACUCGAAGAGCAAGGCUAGCUCUAGGAACAGUGAAGCUAAAAGGAUUAAGGCACUCGAACUAAAGAAGCUUGAGGAGGAGCUCGAGUUGGAGAAGCGGUUUCUCCAAAAGAAAUACCAGUUAUUGAAGGCUCAUGGCAGUGAGACUUCUACGGAAGCUGGCGACGUCGAAGACAACGUAUCCAAGGUCGAGCAGUGGUUAACAGAUACCGAACGUCACGGUGAAGAUUCUGGAUUAGUAGAAGAUGAGACAAAUGGGCAAAUACCAAAUGCAACGGGAAAACCCGAGGAGCACCACGCUUCGGAUGUCAUCCAUCAACAGCAAAAUCCAUCGAUCCUUCGUAAUAACCAACUCGCUAACCAUCAACGGAGUGGUUUGUUUUCACAGCCUGUGCUACGGGCCGGCCAACCGAACGUUCAACCGUUUAAUCAAGGUAGUCAGUACAAUCGUACCCUGCACGGUUCCCAUUCCCUGAGUGUUGCGCAAACGCGAUCUACUGAAGCCGGUCCACAGAUACAGCAGACGGAAAUUCAACAGUCGGAGAGUUACACUCCACGUGCCAACGAUGUGGCAACGGUCAGACCAGCGAUGAUACCGAAUGGUUGCAAUCAGCAAUGUUAUCAAAAUGUUCGAGAAACAAGAUCCGGAGCGAGGGUUUCGCAUGCACCUGCAAUUAAUACAGCCUCAUCGAAUAGCCACGCCAGGACGUCUUUCGUCCCUUCGAUGAAUCUAGGCACGUUGGAGGAAGGAAACCAUUUCAUUCCAGGUCAGCGUUCGACUCCGCUUCGAUCGGGACGUCCGGAAUCGGACCUUCAAACUACAACCCACCAGGAAACAGUUUGUAUUCUAAACCGGAGUCAAAUUGCAGCUCGUCAGGCGGUGUCCAAGGAUCUCCCCGAGUUCAAUGGAACAUUAGAAGAGUGGCCUUUAUUCUAUUCCAUGUUUAACUCAUCUACGCAGAUGUGCGGAUUCACGGACGAGGAAAAUAUGCUAAGGCUGCGCAAAUGCCUAAAGGGGAAAGCGUUGGAAGCGGUAAGGUGCGAGCUACUCCAUCCGUCGAACGUAGUAGACGUAUUGUGUACACUGAAAAUGCUCUACGGUCGGCCGGAGGCCAUCGUACAGUCAAUCGUUAAGAAGAUCAGAAGUAUGGCUCCACCGAACAUGGAGAAGCUUGAGACGGUGGUAAGCUUUGCACUAGCAGUGAAGAAUAUGGUUGCUACAAUCAAAGCAUGUGGAAUCGACGACUUUAUCUACAAUUCGUCUCUUCGAUGCGAGCUAGUGGAGCGGUUGCCGUCAUCACUAAGAUUAGACUGGGCGAGGUAUACGCGAAACGCAACAAACCAAAAUCUCGCUACUUUUAGCAGCUGGUUGUAUACAGUAGCGGAAGAUGCAAGCGCAGUCGUAGGGGAUAUCGGAAGGGAUCAACGAACUCGGAGUUUCAAGAAAGAUGGGUUUCUGAACUUCCAUUCUGAGUCAACAUCGAAAACUUCAAAACCAAUCGAGGCACCCGGAAAGCAUGGACCGUCUCUCUCAAAGCAUUCGGUCAAGGAACAGUGCAUAGUGUGCAAGGGAGAUUGUCCGAUGGUAGCAAAAUGCAGCACUUUCGCAGGAUUAAGUUACGACUCAAAAUGGGCGACAGUGAAGGAAUGCAAGCUUUGUCGAAAGUGCCUUCGAAAGCACAACGGUUCCUGCAAGCGACAGAAGAAGUGCGGUACGGAUGAAUGCACUUUCUUACAUCAUCCACUACUCCACAAUCCGGAGAAGAAUCAGAAUCCGAGAUCAUCGACAUCGUAUCCUUCAACGACAACGCCCUCUCAAAUGAGUGCAUCAGAUCCGAGCUGCAAUGUUCACCAGGGUCAGUCCGCUGUUUUAUUCCGCAUUGUACCAGUCAUCCUUUAUGGACCAAAAAAUACUGUACAUACUUACGCGUUCAUCGAUGAUGGAUCCGAGCUAACGUUAAUGGAUCAAGACUUAGCAAACGAGCUAGGCGUUGAAGGCCCGAGAAAGUCUUUGUGCUUGAAGUGGACCGGUGGAACCCGCAAGGUUGAAGAUGGAUCCCAGCAAGUAAAUCUGCAGAUAUCCGGUACACAAGGCUCAAAGAAAUAUGAACUACGUGGCGUGUACACAAUGUCCUACCUUCAAAUCCGCCCGCAAACGUUAGUGUUGUCUGAGAUGCAGAAGAAGUAUCCACAUCUGGCUGGAAUACCACUUGAAGCAUACCAAGACAUCAGUCCACGGAUCCUGAUUGGCUUGGACAACGCAAAACUUGGAUACGUUAUUAAGAGUCGAGAGGGGAAGCAAAACGAACCGAUCGCCGUGAAAACCCGCUUAGGUUGGAUGGUGUACGGUAAUUGUGCUGGUAAGAAAGAAGCGGCGGGGUAUUUGAAUCAUCAUAGUGUACAAACGUGUGAAUACAACCACGAGCACGACGAGAGUCUCCACAAGGCGAUGAAGUCAUACUUUGCGCUAGAUAGCCUCGGAAUCGUGAAACCGAGCCAGCUUCUGCUUUCGCAAGAAGAACAACGAGCCCAGACAUUAUUGAAGUCACUCACAGUCCUUAGAGAAAAUCGCUACAUGUGCGGUCUUCUAUGGAAGUACGAGAAUGUCCGUCUUCCAGACAGUAAGACAAUGGCCCUCCGUCGAUGGAAAUGCCUUCAAAACAGAAUGAACAAAGAUCCGGGUUUAGCAGAGGCACUCAAGGCUAAAAUGCAGGAACACAUCAGCAAAGGUUACGUCAGAAAGCUAUCCUCAGAGGAGCUCCGCGAGCCACAUUCAAAGGUGUGGUACCUUCCGAUAUUCGCGGUAGUAAAUCCGAACAAACCGGCCAAGAUUCGGCUAGUGUGGGAUGCUGCAGCCACAGCCCACAAUAUUUCCCUCAACUCUGUCCUCCUAAAAGGCCCUGACCAGCUCGCGUCGCUCCUGUCCGUACUUAUCGGUUUCCGAGAGUAUAAAGUAGCGGUUUGCGGAGACAUAAGAGAAAUGUUCCACCAGAUUCUAAUGCUGCCCGAGGACCAACAUUGUCAACGAUUUUUCUGGCAGGAGGGAAGCGAAGCAGAACCUGGCGUGUACGUCGUUCAGGUGAUGACGUUCGGGGCCAGCUGCUCCCCGAGUAUUGCGCAGCAUGUGAAGAACACCAAUGCGAAGCGAUUUGAGAGGGAUUACCCGGUUGCUGUCGACGCCAUAACCAAACGACACUAUGUCGACGACAUGCUGAUUAGCACGGAGACGGAAGAGGAAGCCUUGAAGCUUGCGGAGGAUGUAAAGAAAAUUCAUGCAAAGGGCGGGUUCGAAAUAAAAAAUUGGAUUUCGAACUCUAAAAAGGUUCAAACAACUCUCAACGGUGAAGCAGCCGAGGCGAAAAACCUGGAUAUUGGAGAGGAAGCCAAAACGGAGAAAGUGCUCGGGAUGUGGUGGAGCACCGUGACAGACUGUUACACGUACAAGAUGUCAUCUCGAUAUGAUGAAGCUCUUCUGUCCGGAACCCGUCGGCCUACAAAAAGAGAGGUUCUCCGAGUGUUAAUGAUGGUGUACGACCCGUUGGGGUUUAUAUCGCAUCUGUUGAUGUUCCUGAAGGUGCUUCUACAAGAAAUUUGGAGAACAUCGACCGGCUGGGAUGAUCCGAUCCAGAAUGCACAAUUCGAAAAAUGGUCGACGUGGCUGGCGGUUUUUCCGCAGAUAACCUCCGUCGAGGUUCCUCGAUGCUAUCGAUUGUUAACCUCUGUUCAAGCAGAAGUAGAGAUGCACACGUUUGUUGACGCCAGUGAGAACGGUUUCGCAGCUGUUGUAUACCUUAGAUUCCAGGAGGGAUGUGUGAUCGAAUGUGCCUUGGCAGGAGCUAAAACUAGAGUAGCACCACUAAAGUUUCUCUCAAUCCCACGAUCUGAGCUUCAAGCAGCUCUGCUCGGUGUACGGCUUUCCGAUACCAUCCUCAAGUCUCUAACCAUCAAGGUCUCGAGGCGUGUCUUUUGGACGGAUUCCAAGGACGUGCUCUGCUGGAUAAAGUCGGACCACCGACGUUACAGUCAAUUUGUUGCCUUUCGAGUAAGUGAGAUCCUCGAAACCACGGAGAUUAGCGAGUGGCGCUGGGUCCCAACAAAGCAAAACGCUGCUGACGAUGGAACCAAGUGGGCACGAAACCCAGAUCUAUCCGCUGAUAGUCGCUGGUUUAGAGGACCAAAAUUCCUUCGACAAGAAAAACAGCAGUGGCCUGUUACGCCAAACUUCGGAAAAACCACCGACGAGGAAUUACGCCCACACCUGCUGUUUCACGCGUCGGUAACAAAGUCAGUUAUAGAUCCACAGGCCUUUUCUAAAUGGAUCUCUCUCCUUCGUCGCACAGCCUACAUUUUCCGCUACGUUGACAACCUUAAACGUUCCAACAGAAAAGAACAUCGCGUCUGUGGGCCACUGAAGCAGCAAGAACUGUCUAAAGCUGAAAACUACUUGUUCCGCCUGGCGCAGUCAGAAGGUUACCCUGAUGAAGUCGCUUCGCUAGUGGCGGGCUACGGUGUAAAGAGUCCGAAAGGAAAGAGCAUUCGGAAUAAUCCACUCUUCCGCAGUGCCUUUCUGGACGAAAAUGGAAUCGUUCGAAUCCGAGGUCGCACCAAAGCGUGCGUAUUUGCUGAUCGUGAUGCCACUGAACCCAUCAUUCUUCCUCGUCACCAUCAAGUCAAACGAUUGAUCAUCACGGACGCGCACGAUCGAUUCCAACACCAGAACCACAACACGAUCAUGAACGAGCUUCUGCAGCGCUACCGUAUUCCUCGCUUGAAAGCGACCUACCACACUCUUCGGAAGAGCUGUCAACACUGCAAGAACUACGCGGCGAAACCACAACCACCGGCGAUGGGCGACCUUCCACAGGCACGCCUGGCUGCAUUUAGCCGUCCCUUUACGUACAUGGGGGUGGAUUACUUCGGUCCGAUACUAGUCUCGGUAGGCAGACACUCUGAAAAACGGUGGGGAGUUCUUGCCACUUGCUUGACCACACGCGCCAUCUAUCUGCAAAUCGCUCACACACUGUCCACCAACUCCUGCAUAAUGGCAAUCCGGAACGUCAUGGUUAGGAGGGGAGUUCCCGCUGUUAUAUAUAGUGACAAUGGAACUAACUUCCAAGGUACCAGCAAGGAACUUAAGGCAGCCAUUGGACUGCUCGACCAAGACAAAUUAGCGAGAGAGUUCACCACAACUCGUACCCAAUGGACCUUCAUACCCCCAGCUUCACCACACAUGGGGGGAGCCUGGGAACGACUGAUCCGUAGUGUAAAGCAAAAUCUGGCCAAGCUACAAUCGUGCAGACUACCAACCGACGAAGUGCUGCUGAACGCGAUGGCAGAGAUCGAAAAUAUUGUCAACUCUCGACCGUUGACCGAGAUUCCCGUAGACGGCGAUGAGUCGCCCGUACUGACACCUAACGACUUCCUGUUGGGGUCAGCAAAUGGCCUAAGGUCUUGGGUUCCCUUCGAUGAUAGUCCGUUAACGCAGAAGAACUGUUGGAUACAAUCUCAAAUUAUGGCUGACCAAUUCUGGAAACGUUGGGUACGCGACUACAUGCCCACGAUCACCCGUCGAACCAAGUGGUUCACACCCGCUAAACCUAUCGCUGUCGGUGAUAUCGUUGUUAUAGUGGACCCGAAGUUUCAUCGAAAUCAUUGGCCGAAGGGAAGAGUAAUUGAUACGCAUCAAGCUCCAGAUGGGCAGGUACGGUGGGCCACGGUGCAGUCGACAUCUGGUGGAAUAUACGAGCGUCCAGCGGUUUCAUUGGCGGUGCUCGACAUAGGCGUUGGGACGAAUACGCUUUCGGAGGAUUCGCGCAUUCCGGAGGGGACUGUUAGUUGCGCCCUGUCGAAAUGA